UUGAUAAAUUAUUGCUAUUUUAUUAAAAAUUUGAUUUACAUUAACAUUGAGAGUGCAUUCGCACGGUUUUUAAUUGAAUUCGAUCAAAAUCGAUUACAAGAUUCGUUUCCAGAAAACAAAAUUCAAAACCCACCAAGCAUUUCUUCGUUAGCGAAGAAAAAAAACGUAACUUUACCACAAAAAAAAUGGUGAACUUGUUUCUGACAAAACCCAACUGGAAACAAGAAAACACAGGCAAAGACAGCAACUUAGGGAAGCAAUGGGUAAUUCUUUUGAAGAAAUUAGAGUCAAUUAUCUGGUCAUUUGUAACUUCUGGCGGUGGAGGUAAAUCAGAAGCUCGUUUAUGGCUUUGUAAUUCAGUAGCAGCCAUUAAUUCACUAACACCACGUCAGCAGAGGGAUUUGUUUGUGAAAUUGUUGAGGAAGAGACCUGUUAAUAAGAGCUUGGCAUCACAGGUUUUGCAUAUGAUGUUUGAGAAGCGGAGGAAGGAAGUUGGGGAUGUUCUUGCUAAGAGAAGCUAUUUGCUUGAGAAAUUCUUUGAUGGUAAUCCCGUUCGUAUAAUGCAAUGGUUUUCGAACUUUGCUGAUAAUGGUGGAUUGAAUCACAAAAAAGGUGCUAAAGCAUUGUCACAAUUUGCUUUUGUUAAUCGCGAUAUAUGUUGGGAGGAGCUUCAGUGGAAGGGUAAACAUGGGCAAUCACCUGCUGUGGUUGCUACAAAGCCUCAUUACUUUCUUGAUUUGGAUGUACAGAAAACUGUAGAAAAUUUUAUUGAAUAUGUGCCGGAGUUUUGGUCAUCUGAUGAGUUUGCACAGUCCUUGAGAGAUGGCAAUAUUUUGUCCAUUGAUACAAAAUACUUUGUGGAAUUUUUCCUCGGUUUGAUGUAUGAAGAGGAUGCAAGAGAUGUUUGGGAUGUUAUGAAUGAGUUUCUCACGGAGGAAACUUUUUCUUCUUUGUGUAGUCGCCUUCUAAUUACUCUCGAAGAGGGGGAGUUAUGCACUGUUCUGGAAUUGCUUGGUAGAAAUUUUAGCUUACAAACAGAACCUGAACAUUUUGAGAACUCAUCUUGCUGGCUUGAAUUUGUAUUUUCUGAAUUCAAAGAUUGUGAUACCAUUGAUGAGAUACUUCUGUUAAAUGCGGUUGCUAUUAAAGGCCGCCAGCUUCUACGGCUUUUGCUUGAUGAGGAGUCAGAAGAGGAACAAGCAAAAGUUAAGGAUAUUAUAUCACAGAUAUGCACAAUCUCAAGCAGCAUCAAUAGCAUGCUUCCUUUAUUAAAUGAGUGCUUGAAGUUGCACUCUGUAGAAGCAGUUAAGCUCUUGGGGCUUCAGUCAUGGGUUAUUCAUCAUCAAUUAUUAGAGCAGCCUCGGAGCCUAGAAUCAUGGGAAUCUUUAUUUUCAAAUAACGGAAUAAGUUUCAAAAAAUCCGAUAAAUAUGCAUUUGUUGAUCAUAUAUGUUCUGAAGAAUAUAAUUCUGGAUCAGAUGAUGAUGCUUUAAUUAAAAGAAAGCACAGGAAGAAAAAGAAAAGUAAGAAAAGGAGAAGGAACUUUGAUGAUGAUGAUGAGCUUUUGUUGUUUGAUAGGUCGAAUGAUUCGCUGGGGCUACAAUCCAGGGCUGUAAGUUGGUGCCUCUCUACAGAUGGGUUUUCUGCAUCAUGGACCAAUAUUAUGUGAUCAUCAACAUGUUCUGCAGGUGGAUUUGCCUGAACACCUCUCAAAGUUUUGCUUUUCUACCUGGAUGAAGUGGUUGCUAAGUGCUAGAUGAUGUGGCAUAAUUCACGUAGCCGCAUAUGGUAGGAUAUCUAAUUUUACUCCAAAAUGGUAAUUUGUUAGAUCAUAAAUAUGAUCUGAAUUUUUUUCGUCUUUCCUCACUUCUUUUGUCAUUGCACGUCAAUGAUUAGGCUUAAAAGUGGCAAGGGAAGCUAUCUAUAUUUUGGCAUUUUAUUUCCAUUUUCGAAAAAGCUUUUAAAACUCAUAAAUCUUAUAUUUAUAACUUACUCCUAUAAUUUUUUUUUUUCCGAUUUCCCAAUUCAGUGUUUUCCGUUUUCACUUUCUUGCAACAAUAGUGGAGUUUUAGAUUGUGGCCGUAGUGUUAUCAAAGGCGUGCCUCAGUCGAGUGGCACCGGCUUGGGUGCCUCAUCCGUCAAGAGGCGGGCUAGUUCCCAAAAGGCGUGCGCCUUUGGCGCCUCCCCCGUGUGGCAAGGCACUUGUGAGGCGUGGCUUCCGGAAAUUUAGGGCACUUUUGAUUUUUCUUUUUGGAAAUUAAAACAAAGCGUUAAUCACACAUUUAAACCAUAAAAAAUAUAAAUCUAAACUACAGUUCAAAUUUCGCCUGGAGCACAAGGACCCCUUGGUGCCUUUCGCCUUGAUCACAAGGACCCCCUGGCACCUUUCGACUUCAAUAACUGUAUUUGUUUAAAGAAGUUUAGAAUUUCUCGUUGAUCAGAUCCUUUGAAGCAGUUUAAUACUUGGAAGCAGAAUUCUACAGAGUUAAAUUGGAGUCAUAUCUUCUCUCAAAUCGAUUAACUUCAGAUCUCCUGCAUGAUGCCGGCAUGUUGCUGGGUUAGUCUGCCAGUUGUAAACUCUAUCAGAUUCAUCUAUCAGCAAUCACCUUAAGAAGUAUAGGACUGCCUACUGAACAGUUUAAGAUGGAAGAGCGUAGCAUACACGUAGAGAGACGCAGAUUCAAGAAAGGGUGGUUACUGGUUAGGGUUUGCAGAAGUGAAGGAAAAAUAAAUCAAUUUUGUUUCGUACGGAGGCUGCAAGAUCGUUCUGUUCGUAUAGAGAUAGAAUAUGAAUUGAUGCAUUUUUGAACACUUGGUUAUACCAAUUUCAACUGUACCAAUGUCUUCACUAGCAUUAUGAGUCCAUUUGAGGUCUGCCUUCAGUCAGAUUGUGAAUUGAAUCUUUGUACUUUUAUUGAUUUGUAAUGCAACAGCAAGUUCAAAUGUUAAUACAAAAUUCCAUAUUGGCUGAA